CAGAAGAAAUCAUGUUUAUCUGGCAUCGUCCAAAAGCAAAGUCUGCAGUGUUAUUUCUCAUCAAUCGCUAUUUCGCCUUGCUCGUCAAUAUUCUUGACUUAAUGGCCAAUUUCCUACCCGUUUCAACUAAGAGCUGUUCAAGAUAUCUGUUGAUCGUACAUAUGUUGCGUCUUUUCCAACAAGUCUUCAUUUGCCUCACAUUGACUCUUCGUACUUAUGCUCUCUACGGCUGCAGCAGGCGCCUGCUUAAAUGGAUGCUAAUCAUGGGCGUUGUUCUUAUAGCAGCAUCGGCGGUGGGAGCUUUUGGACCUAAUUUAACAAACAGUGCGAUCGACAACGGUCACUGCCAUGAAAUAUACACAAGAGCAACAUCUUUCCAUCAUGGGACGACAUGGGUGGCAAUGUUUAUCUACGAAUUACUCGUAUUUGUCCUCACGGUCUUUGGGACUUGGAAAGCUAGGGGAUCGCCGCGGUUCUACCUAGCAUCUAGGAGAGAUAUCAUUGAUGUCAUAUUCGAAGAUGGUGUGAUGUACUUCGCAGGGAUGGCAUUGGUCAAUUUACCCAACACUCUGACGUACUUCUGUGGUUCAACUAUCGCCACAGGCAGCCUGAACGCGUUUACUGCAUGCAUGUCUGUCACUCUCAUCUCUCGCCUAAUGCUCAACCUGCACGGAUGUGUUGACACUGGCAUUUUUUCCACCCCUGCUGAGACCAGCUCCCAUGUCCUUACCACUGAGAUCGACGUAGAGUUCGCGGAUUCCUCCCACGAUCCGUAGGCUGGUAUUGAAUUCUAUUUAUGGAUUCAAAGUGGCGGGAGACUCUCGUUGGAAGUUAAAAACUAUUCUGUCCUUUUUCGAAUGCAGCGUGGUAUGCGUUCCAGUACUCGAUAAAUGUAUAUUUGAAACAUCUCGUUUAGUGUUACCUUUGCCCUAGGAUUGUAUAUAGAUAGACCAAACGUACAUGUUGAAUUGUUGGCUAAUUGGAUUAUCCAUACGUG